AGUCGUGUGUUGUGUGCUGCGCGCGCAUGUUCGAAAAUGGCCGAUAUUUUGUAAAAUAAACAAUUAGAAUACUUUUAUGAAUUGAAAAACUUUAUUUUCGCCAUUUUUAGUGUCGUGUCAGUGAUUGUAAAUAGUUAUUUGUUGUGUAUUUAAUUGUUGUUGACUAUUCAAGUGUCUAGACGUGUGCUGUGCAAAUGUGAAAGUUUUCUUAUAAGAAAAGACUGUGUUCUUUUUUGCAAGUUCAUCCUACUUUUUUUAUUUGAACAGCUGUUUUUAUUGCUAAUUAAGCUGAGCCACAAAUGUAAGCGCCAGGAGAGCAAUGAAGAGCGGAUGGACAGCGCACUGCUGAGUCCACAAAAUGGCCGCCGGGACGACAAGAUGGUGGACACAGUGCCGCGGCGCGGUGCUGUUCGCCAUACUGCUGCAAGUUGUUAACGGUUACGAAGAAAUCUACACGAUAUCCCAGCUAUCUCCAAAAUCAGACUCCGUCGAUCAUUCAGAAGAUCAAGUCCUCCACACUACCCAGUCAGACAACCUAGCUUUUAGGAUAGAACCUAGCCUCGCCAGGUACGAUGACCUAGACGACCUAGAACCUGAAGACAUAGUCACUGAUGAAGAAACAGAAAAACAUGUCAUUGUAGCCAGAUCAGCUGAUCCUAGUGACAGAGCAUCUAGAUCUCUAAACUUUGAUGAAAUACCAUCGUCAAACAAUGAAAUAGACAACGAAAUAGAACUACACAAUAAAAGGAAAUACUAUGAUAUACAUCCAACGAAAACUACGGGUUUUAGUCACGAGAAUGAGGUGCUUAUGUCCUCAGACGGGGAUAGAUUCGAGUUUAACUUUCCGGGGGAAGCCAGAAGGGCUCCAAAGGCCAGGGCGUUGCCUUUGGGGCCCAGAAUACGGCCUACUGUAGUGCAGCCGAUGUAUGCCACAAUCAACCCUAAUGAGGGAAGACAGAACACAGAAAUACAGAACAUUAUAACUGGUAUAGUUAAGCUUCUAAACGGAAAUGUCAACGUGCAAGCUAAUACGCAACUCCUCAGGCCAGGCAGACCUAUGAAUUCUAGGAUCAAUAACAGAGGACCACCUCGAAUAUCUGAUGUACCACCUAUGCCUGACUUUGAUAAACCUCUAACCCCUCCAACUCACACCUUUCAUCCUACAAAAACCCCUCCCCCGUACCCCUUCGAUAGACCCCAUCAUGGUGUUAAUUUGCCUGAACAAAUUGUACCACCACUGAACCCUCACAGGCCAGGGUUCCAUAGGCCCAACAUUCCUCCUUGGCAACGGCCUAGACCUAGGCCACCUAAUAUGCCAGGUAGAAGGCCCAACCCUGGUCUACCUAUAUACAAACCUCCUCCAAUGCCUGUUGAUAUACCAAACUUAGACGAAGAGGAAGAAGCAGAAAAUGACACUAAUCAUGAUAACCAUCUCGUCCAAGUUGAGAAAGAGACUGUACCAUUACUUAAUCUGCCUGUCUCUAACACUACCGAAGAAAACGAGAAAGAAGAAAACAAGCUAACCACAGCCCCUGAUACUACAAGCAGUACAACAACAACAACAACCACAACAACAACGGAAAAAACAACAACUUCCACAACAGAAAAGACAACAACAGAACCACCAAAUACAACCACCGAAAAAGCCAAAACCACAACUGAAAAAGCCAAAACUACAACAGAAAAACCAAAAACCACCACUGAACGCAAACCUACCACGGAAAAACCAAAAACUACAACUGAAACCAAACCAACCACUGAAAAGGCCAAAACUACAACAGAGACAAAGACAACUACAGAGAAAGCUAAAGUGGAAAAGAAGCCAGAAAAGAAAAAGGAGCCGUUUAUCGCCGAUAAGAAAGAUAAAUACAAGAUUGAUGAGAAACCAGGGAACAAGACCAAGAUUGAGACUAUUAUAGACAUCAUUGAGUCUUCGAUAGAUGAGUAUAAGUCUUCUGCUGCCGCGGCUGCGACUCCGACUGAAGGUCUGAUGUCUCACGUUCCCACAGUUAGUGUGCUGGAAAGUCCGCAUAGUGUGGUGAAGACGUCUUCUAUCAAUGCACAACCAUCACCAUCAUCCCAAACGCCGUACCGUCCGUACCGUCGUCCCGGCAUAGUGCUCGAUGAUCCGGACUUCAAGCCGGCCGGCAGCCGGCGUCCGGUGCCGGACGCCCCUGUUCUUACGGCACCCUUACCGGGGUAUGGAGAAAUCUUCGACGUCACUGUGUCUGCCAUUCAGGGGCCUGGUGAAAAGGGCGGUGCUUCGGUCCACAUCGAGAACGUGAACCCAAUAUCGGGCCACGCUGAAGACGAUAUCAUCGUGUCACCGUCGGGCGAGCAAGGGUUUGUGUCCAUCGACGGCAAGCGGACUUAUCUCAACCUGUUCGACACUUCCAGCCAUCAUGUGGAGCCUACCAGGGUGCAGAGCAUACAGCAUUCUGCACCUCCAACACCAGUCCUCCACCCCAGCCACCCCCCGGCAGUGGGUACCGGCGUAGCGGUUCCAGCGGAGCCCGCGCCAACACCGGCGCGGCGACCACCAGCUUAUCGCCCCCGCCCGCGACCCCAAGCUACAGUCAGGAUCGACACGUGUAUAGUUGGCGACGACUCCACAUGUGACCAGGCGCAGAACGAGAAAUGCAGGACGGAAGCAGGUAUAUCCAGCUGCCAGUGCCGACCCGGCUACGCGCGGCGCACGCACCGCGAUCCGUGCCGGCGCGUCGUCUCUCUAGUGUUAAACCUGAGGGUGGACCGACUCUAUGAUAAACCGAUGACAUGGGAUAACAAGUUAACGGACAAGGAUUCUGAGCUGUAUCAGCAGUUGAGCUACGAGGCACUUAGAGCUAUCGACUCUGCAUUCUCAAUGACUCCAUUCUCCGACGAAUUCGUGAGCGGGUCUAUAAACUCGGUGCACCGCGAGCUUGGCUCGGGCGUCUACGUUAACUAUACUAUAUUGAUGUCGGAGUCAGGAGAGAUGCUGCGGCCAGCAGUGGGCGCCGAGAUACACAAGCAGGUGCUGGGUGUGCUGCGGCGCCGCUCCAACAACGUCGGGGCUUCGGCGCUGUGGGUGGAUCACCUCGCCGGUGCCGUGGCUCCACUUAAAGAUCUGGAUGAAUGCGCUUCUCCAGAGUACAACGACUGCCACCAGCUCGCUCACUGCGUCAACACCUGGGGAGGCUUCCGGUGCUCCUGUCCGGAUACGACACUAGACGCGCAAGAAUCAGGGCCGUUAGCUGGAAGAGAUUGCCGCGCGUGCGCCAGCAGUCACUGUAACGAGAGGGGUACCUGUCACUACAACAACCGACGCCCCACCUGCAGCUGUUCGUCGGGAUACUACGGCUCGACUUGCGAGGUGGACGGCGAGGUGGUGGGCGUGGCGGUCGGCGCGUCCCUCGCCGCUGCACUCGUCAUCGCCGCAACGCUGGCUGCACUCCUCAGUUGGAGUCGCAAAUGGUCCCGCGAGCAGAAGGCGGCGGGCAUGGGGUCGCCGGUAUUCAGCUACAUGCAGGGGGUCAACACCAUCAAGGCCCCACCAGUAGGGGGCCCGCCGUACCAGGUGACGUUGGAGGAGCGCAUGCGCUGGGCGCAGAUCGCCGAGGCGAUGGCUCAGUCCAACCACUACGCGACGGAGAGCCAGACGAUGGCGACGCGGCCCUCCUCGGCCAUGUUCGGCGGCUACCCCACGCUGCCGCCCGUGCCCAUGCCCAGAUUGGGUCUGCACCACUCGGGCACGCUGAACACGGUGGCGUCGCGCGCCAACACGGCAGGCUCGCACCACAACCUGUAUGGCUACACAAACCACAUGGCGACGGAGUCUUCAUCAUCUGAAGCGUCGUCGCACGCGCAGGAGCGCGCGGACCUGCUGCACGCGCCGCGCCCCAAGUCCCGAGCACGCAGCCUGCACAACCAAACGGGUAUCUACUACGACGUGGAGUACGAGAACGCGGAACCCAUCUACGGAACCAAGGGCAUACCGUUAUCCACGUACACGGUGAGCCGCGGGCCGCCCUUCUACCGCGCCUAGUACUUGUAGUGUCGCUGGCCAGCUUGUGCCCUUACA